AUGGCAGGGUCACGGGAAGGCACGGUAUUCUGCGCAGUCAGAUUCAACUGUCACUGCAACCAAACUCAGAUUGGCGACCAGGUUUGCCUGUUGGGCAGUACGGCGGCGCUGGGCAAAUGGUCCUUUUCUCAUCGCGUGCCGCUGACGACCUCGCCGGAGCUGUAUCCUCGCUGGUACACAGAGCGUCCUGUCCUGCUCCCCGCGUACGCCGACGUCCGAUACAAGUUCCUGAUUUGCAAUAAAGACGCGCCCCUGUGUCAGGCCUGUCGCUACGAGCCAGCGGCGUCUUUCGGGGCGGGCGCCGACGCCUCCGGCAGCGCGCGGGGCGCCUCGCUGGUCACCGCGUCUUCUCAGCUCGGCGACGACGCUGGGGCCGGCUUCGGGCUGGAGGAGGGCGAGAGCGCGGGCUGGGGCCGUGGGCGGUCGCUGCUGGCCCGGGGGGGCGACGGCGCGACUCUCGUCUACGACGGCAAGACGGCUGCCCGACACCGCGACGCGAAGCACGGCAACUCCUGCGGGCUCGCCAUCAGCACCAGCGACAUCGUGCAGAGCCAAAAGUGCUGCGGCGCCGUCAUGAAGGGCGAGUGGGAGGCUGCGAAGCGCUGGGAGAAUAUCCGCGGUCAACAGGGCGACCGAGUCCUCAGCCUCACCAGCCACGCCGUCGAGGUCUUCGACACCUUCGGUGCGGAGCCGUCCUCCCACACCGUGCCCGGGGGGGCCUCGGCGGGGUUUCCGACCCACCGCAAGCGGUCGUCGUCUUGCGCCCCGCUGUGUCGGGCCCCUUUGUCCUCUCGAGGCGACUUCGGGCCUCCGAGCGCCGCUACAGGAGGCCGCCACCCCGAGAGUGGCUGCUGUUGUGUGUCGCUCUGCCGCGCCGCAUGGAGCGAGGCGGGGAGAGAAGACGAGUUUUACCUCGCCGGCGCGCACUCGCUGCCUGGCGGGGGCGGUGGCCCCUUCCAUGCCCCAGGAGGAGGGCAGCGCCACAGUUCGCGGGCUUCGCAGCGCAGCAGCUACGCGUCGUCCGCCGUGUCGUACGCGGAGCCCGCCUACGCCACGAGAAAGGGCGGCGUGCGGUCUUUAGUCCCGCCGCUGGAAGUCGCCGCGGCGCUGCCGUCGCCAGAGUCUCCCAACAGCCGCAUGGCCCGCGACGCCGUCUGCGCCGAUGCUGCGGUCUCCUCCGCGUCUGCUGCGCACACGUAUUUUUCGCGCCUGAAGCGAUUUGAUGAUUUCGACAGCCUUCACCAGCUACCGUCUUCCCCCGGCGCGCCCUUCUCGCCGCUAGCCGCCGCGGGACUUGUCGCCCCUGAAGGCUACCGCACCCGACGACGCCACAGCACGGGCUGCUACGGGGGGCACCCAGGGGCGUCGUGGUGCGCGGCGCCGCUUUAUGGCGGCGGCCUGGUGCCCCCGCCUGUCGUACCCUCGCCCCUAGCGUCAGACUCCUUCCGCGCCGCCCUCGACUCCAUGGCAGCCUACUACCCCGCCCAGGGGCUCUACGACCUCGUUCCGAUCGCGCCAGGCUCCAGUCCCCGCCGGGUGCCGAGGCACCUCCGCGAUCACAAGGCGCCGUCCCUCUCGCCUUCCACGGGCGACGAGAAGGCCACGGAACUGAGUCGAGUCAAGCCCGGCGCGAGGCUGAGUUCCAAGUCGGGCCGUUGCGGCGGCCGCGUCGAGGGAGACGCAGGGACAGAAAAGAACCUGAAGCCAAGGAAAGCCCGAAGCGCGCCUCAGGCCGACGCCAGCUCGCUGGAGGAGGGCAGAGGGAAAGUGGAGCAGGAAGGAGGACAAGAGAAGGCCAUCAAGAAUGUGGGCGAGUUCAACUUCCUGCAGGCGCUGGGGCAGUUGUCUUCCACUCCGCUGCACGAAUAUCUCCGGAUGCUCAACGGCGAGAACAAGCUGCCGACCGUCUCCUCAACUGUCCUUUCACUGGCCCUCGCCUCGUCGCUUUGCUCCGCCGCGCCGUGUCCCGCGCUGCUGCCCUCGUCGCCCGGCGGCCUCAAGGAAGUGCUGGCCGCGAAGGUUGCUUCAUUUCCGCCUUCGGCGGCGCCCGAGACAGGCCCGUCUGGACCUCUGUCAGGUGAAGAGGGUGCCAGGCCGGAAGAGGAAAAGCGAGAAGGAAACAAAGAGGCUGCGCAGGGCGGCGCAAACGCUGCUUUAGAGAAGGCACAAGAGGCGGAAGAGGCGGCGGAUUUUCAGCUCUCCAAGGCAGCAGCGCAUCACCUCGAAGACGCCGCGGUCGCCGCAGCGGAAGCUGCGAUUGCGCGGCUGGAGAGCAGGUUGUUCAGGACCGUCCAGGAGGCUGUAUGUACACCGCGUGUGCCUGCAGGGAAGCAUGAGAGCGACGGGAGGAAGCGGACGCGCAAGCGCGAGGAGGGAGACCACGCAGAAGCGCGAGAGGGCAGAAGAGAAGGCGACGACCGCGGUCACUCUCGCUUCAGCAGCGGCGCUUCGAGUAACAGGCACUGUUCCUCGUCUAUCAGAUGCGUUUCUUCCUCCUCCUCGGCCGGGAAUCUCCCGUACAGCGACGAGUCUGUGCGGGAGUUGUCGGCCUGUUCGUUCCGCCGGGACAGCGCGUCUCCAGAGUCAUCGGCGGCCCUUUCUCCGCGGAAAGAGUGGAAGAGGUCGGAGGAGGAGACGAAGAAGUGGAGAGAAGAUUCGCGCGACCGGCUCGCGUGCUUGCAGGACGAAGUCCGCUGCCUCGCGUCAGCUCUCUUUGAGAUUCGGCGUGAGCAAGCAUUUGCGCGGCAGCUGCUCGCCGCGCUCUGCGGGUCCCUCGAGCGCGCCUUCGAAGACCGGAAACUCGAUGAAGGCUCCUGUUCACCCGUCUUCUCCUCGCCUCGCCUCUACGCGGGCCAGUUGAAACAAAUGCGGGAUAGCCACAGCGAGAGGGAAACGCCAGGGCACACAACCUGCGAGAAAACCCAGAGAUGGGCCUCAGCAGACGCAACGCCCGACGCGCCGGCCCGCUUCCGCGAUGCCGUGCGCAGCUGCCUGGCCUCAGGCGGGCCGCGCAAAGCUGCGGAGGGGCGCCCAGCCAAAGACGAGAGGCGAGGGUCCGACCCCGAGCAACUCGAAGAGAGAGCCGUGCAGUGCUUCUCCCUCGAAGGCUCGCCUUCGUGCCUCGAAAGCGAAGUCGAACUGGAAGAGGAAAGUCGUGCAGAAACGGAAGAUGCAGGCGAGCAGGGAACAAAGCGAGAGCCCCUAAAAGAGGAAGAGGAAGUACCAGGCGACACGCCAAAUCCCGAAGCUCAGGCUCUGCGUGCGCGCGGCGAACCUGAAACAGCACCCUAA